ACGCGGUCGACGAUAGAGUGUUAAUGAACGACGCGCCUGAACGCGUCCUCGCCACGUGGCAUGCGUGACAUCAUAACAGUCACCUGCCGUUAUAUCGUGACACGGAAAGUUGUGCUUCAUCUUGAACUUGAAUUCAUCAAUAUUUCCCUCUAGAGCUUCGUGUUGCCUAGUUCUCACCUGGCCACCAUGUCUAUAUAUCUCAGGACAACAUACUCUCCCCUUCGAAGUUCUUGUUGCUGGUCUUUGGCGGUGAGACGGCGAGGCUACGCUGUCAACGCCAUCCACAAUCAUCUUCAAAAGUCGGACAAGAAGCACCAUUCGUCUACGGGUUCUCAAGCACCAGCCAAAGCUUCACACCUAGUUGCUCAAACCAAGACUUCUCUUCUGCCAAAGAAAAGUCGCAAGCAGUUGCAAGAAGAACGCGCGACCGUCUCGUCAGAGAAGCUCCUGGAUAAUUUGGAGCAGAUUCGGAAGUUGGAGAGUUUGUCGCAGUUUGACGUUUGGGCAACGCCUGUUCCGUUGUAUGACCUCCAUGUUCCAACUAAACUCUCGCACAAAAAGAACGCGUCCUUGCUCGAUCAUGCGCGGGCAUUAUGGGCUACUACGUGGAAUUGGUAUCGCAACGUUGCUACAAUGCGCCAAAUGGCAAAGGCGGAUGCUUUCCCCGCCGUAAGAGUUAAAAGCUGGCGUUCACGACAAAUCUUUGCCGUACAAUCAACUCCAUGGCUCGCACCCUUCCGUAGAGAGGCGCUUGACAUCUACAAAGACGUCCAAGGAGCCGUAGCUACCGGUGAUGAGAAAGUGAUCAAAAAGUACACCCUUGACACUUAUCGUGCGCGAAUGCUCAAGAUGAUAUCCAACCGCGACCCUUCUCUCGUCUUCAUCUGGAAGUUCCAUAGCGAGAACGCGCCUUGCAAGGUGGUUAGCAUACGUGCCACGGAAGGAUACGGGAGCAUCGAACCUCCAAGGAUCGGCAAUAGGUUGAUCGUUCAAGCUCUUGUGAAGUUUGAUACCAACCAGAGUUUACAGGUUUACAACAAGUCUGGUCAAUUAAUCCGAGAGCAGGAGCCAAAGCGGGUGGUGGAAUACUUGGUGUUCCAGAAACGCAUGUGGUAUUCUGGGCCUUGGGAGAUUCGCGAUCAGCUUUACGAGAGUCUUGAAGCCAAGUAUAGUUUGCAACGUUAAUGCUCAAAAUCUAAUUGAUGCCUUAUAUUUGGUCUUCUUCUUCUCAACAACUUGUUUGAUUUAUGCCUUAUUCCAUGCGAAGCGUUUUGCAGUUUUUUGGCCUCCGUAUUCGACUGCUUUCAGUCGGUGGAACGAUUGAAGAAGUUAGUCCAACACGCGAUGGUAAGCUCAAUAUUGAACGUCGCAACUUGAAUGCGAGCCGUCGCCGCGGCUGGGGUGUUUGACUUUGAAUGAACAUAGACGGACCCC